CUUGCACUCACGAUUUUCAAGAUGGUUUUCAUCGCUCGUGCAGGGAAACCUGUCUUCACCACAACGUUUGCAACCAAUCCAUGGGUGUUCACCACCCUUCAAUCGACCAAAGUUGUGGACUCUUGUGGUCCGAAGAAGAGAAAGUUCUCAGAAGCAAACGGCUCUGAUUCCCCAUCACCACCACUGCGAGCAAUGUACACAACUGAAGCAUCACCAUUCGAUGCGACAGAGGUCGUUCGGACUCUCAAAGCACUUUCCGAAGAAGGAAUUCCUGUCGAUGGCAUUUAUCUCGCAUAUUCCUCGGCCAAGCCUGAAGAUGUGAAUCUCCUUUGGGAAAAGCUUGAAGCGGAGAAUUUGGCCCUGUUUGCCACUUUUACAGUCCGUGUCCAAUAUCUUCCAAUAUCAGGAGAAUUCACGAUCCACCGAAACAACCCCGUCACCCAUCCACGUACUGUUGGGGCACAUCUUUCCAUGAUUGGGAAGAAGCUUCGUCCUUUUCGUUCUGGGCCUUACGCUAUCUUUGUCGACCAUAUUUGUGGCGCAGGCAGUUCGGAUAUUGAGUUGAAAUUCGAUUUGGACAAGAUAAAUUGGGAAUCCAUGGGAUCUUUCGCUGCCAGCUCUUGGGGAAAUGGUCAGAAAGGGAUCAAGGGAAGGUUCUGCUCGGAUAGCCAAUGGGUUUUCAACGUUCAGGGUCACGGGUCCCGCCACUUGUUUGCCAGUUUUCCGAAAUUGAAAACCGAUCACGCAUCAAAAGUCUGGCGGAUAACCUUAUUCUCGGCACCGAAGGCAGCGUCAGACGCUUCAUUUUCUUCAAGAUGGAUGAGAGUGGACCUGUACAGUGGACUCCGGGAGAGCCUUCCAAGGAUUAGUCCAUUGAACUCUCUGUCUGGGGUCUCCAUCAAGUUGACGAGGAUAGCUGGGUACCGAAAGAAAUCUUACCACCAACUAGUAGCAUAUCAAAUCCCACUCAAUGAGUUCUCCUCUCUACGCAUUUGCAAGCACUAUGUCAAAGACCCAGAAGCUCGCAAAAACAUCCCAGCGCUCACAGUGAUUAUGCAAGAUGUUCACAAUCUUUUCGAGCAAGUAUUCCGCGUAGCGAGCGACGUCCACAAACCUGCUACCUCACGGCUAAAAGGCAAAGGCUGUCAUGCUUCAAUGCUUUGCCUCGAGCAAGGCAAGGGACUAAGAGAAAGCAAGAAGCAUUCUGAUAGCGAGCAAAACGGGACGGAAACCAGAAAAGGUAGGAGUAAAAAUAAGAAGGCGAAGAAGGAAACCUGA